AUGGCGGGCUUCAAGCUGUAUAUCGUUAUUGCUCAGCGUGACAGCAUGCAGGUCGUCGUUGGUCUUGCAGCAGAGGACGACGACGUCGACGAAGAGACCAUGACGGGAAACGUUCAGCAUGGUGGCGGUUACCAACCAGAUUGA